AUGGAGUAUCUAACUUGGAGACUUCAACUGGCAGCUCAAAGUUCUACAUUCAGAGAUCACCCUAUGUGCAAAAGCCUUAAACUUCUGAGUCUUUGCUUUGUUGAUGACUUGAUUUUAUUGUGCAAAGGGACUCAAUCUUCUGUUAGGGUGCUUAAAAUAGCUCUAGAGGAGUUUAGUUCUGCUACAGGGCUCCAAGUUAAUCCUAGCAAGUCUCACAUUUAUUUUGGGGGAGUGACUACAUCGACUAGAGAGACCAUUGCUCAUGAGAUUCAACUUACUAAAGGGUCUUUUCCUCUCAAGUACUUGGGAGUUCCUAUGCGGCCUACUAUGUGGAAACUUGAGGAUUGUGGCAUUAUUAUUAAAAAUAUCAAACUGAGGUUACAUACUUGGGCGAGUAGGCAUCUUUCUUAUGCGGGCAGAGUUCAACUUAUUCAUUCAGUGUUGUUUGGUCUUCGAAAUUACUGGAUGAGCAUAUUUGUUCUUCUCCAAAGUGCUGUUAAGGAAGUUGAGAAGCUUUGUCGUGGCUUUCUUUGGGGUCUCAAUGGUAAUAGAAAUAAGAUUCACAUAGCCUCUUGGAAGAAAGUAUGUCUCCCAAAGGCCUAUGGUGGUCUCGGUUUCAGGGAUGGUUCCAAUUGGAACCGUGCUAUUCUAGCUAAAUAUAUUUGGGCCAUUUUUGAGAAGCAUGAUUAG